AUGUUAGCUUUGAAAAUAGUUCUCGGAGCUCUCUUGGCUCUUUCUUUUGUUUUGAAUGCUGUUGGAGUAUUCACAAAUGAAUGGGUUACAUCUAAAUAUCCACUAACAGUUGAUGCUGAGUUUCAAAAUAUGAAAUCACUUGGCAUUAUCCCAUACAGAACUGAAGUCACGACUAUGUUUCCUUGGUUCGGAGUCGCUGAAAUUCUAAUGAUCCUGACAUUUGUCCUGUUUCUUCUGACUAUCCCUCUGUAUGGAUUGUUAAGUUUUAAAGCACGUAAAGAUGAUCUACAACCAGCAAUACGAGCAGGAUUCGGUGCACUAUCGGCAAUGUCACUCACAAUUUUCUUAUUUACCAUAAUUUCAGUUAUUUUAAUUGCUGUGAAUCUAGUCGGUUUAAAUAGUAUUCUUUUCAAACUUUCUCCGGAAUCACUUUCUCUUGGAUAUUCGGCUUGGCUGUGCGUAGUCUCAUCCAUUCUGAUGAUUGGUGUUUUUGGAGCUUCUGCUUUUAUGUCUUACAGUUUUUAUUGA